UCACCAACUCACUCACUCUCACCUCACGAGUCUCUCACUAGGUCUGGCCGUCAUCACUCAUCAAGCACACAACACGAGCACGGCGCACCACCGGCCACCAGCCCACCACCGUCCACCAGUCCACCCGCGCGCCUCUCUAUCUCCGUAUCUCACGAGAGGGUCACUGCUCUGCGUUUGAAAUCUGCACUCAACUCUCAAGUGAAAAACAAUGAGGAAGCUAAAGUUCCAUGAGCAGAAGCUUCUAAAGAAGGUCAAUUUUUUGGAAUGGAAGCGAGAAGGAGGUCACAGAGAGAACCUCGUUAUGCAGCGCUACCACGUUACUGGACGAGAUGAUUACAAAAAAUAUUCAAGUUUAUGCGGAAUGGUUCAGAAGUUGGUAAACAUAUUGAAACAGAUGGACCCCAAGGAUCCUGUUCGGGUCGAUAUGACUGAUAAGCUUUUGGAAAAGCUUUACAACAUGGGUGUGAUUCCAACCAGGCAAAGCAUCACACAAUGUGAACACUUAACUGUGUCAUCCUUCUGUAGGCGUAGGCUCUCGACUGUUUUGGUGCGACUAAAAUUUGCUGAGCACUUGAAAGAAGCUGUGACAUAUAUUGAGCAGGGGCAUGUGCGAGUUGGUCCAGAGACAGUUACAGAUCCAGCUUUCCUUGUAACUAGAAACAUGGAAGACUUUGUGACAUGGGUGGAUUCAUCCAAGAUAAAGAGAAAGGUGCUUAAGUACAAUGACAAGUUGGAUGACUAUGAUAUAAUGAAUUAAGUGGAAAGCCUAGGGCUUUGGCUUAUUGUGGGUAGAGCAAUUUCUUGUUAUAGACGUGGGUGAAUGAAGACUACAUAGAAUUGUAGGAUGAGUUUGUGUUUUUUUUUUUGCGGCUAUUCUAGGAAAGCUUGGAUUUUAACUGGUUAUUUUUAAUUCCAUAUUAAGAUUGAGUAAUGAACCUAGAAUCUAGUGCAUCAUGAUCCAUGAUGGUGGUGUUAAAUCUUUAAAAUAUGUAUUUUGCAUUUUCAGUGGAUGA